AUGGAAAAUCAAACUUCAUCAGAUGACCCACCCUCGUCCCCGCCGCAGCCAGACUCUAGCGAGCGUCCGGCGACAGCACACGCAAGUGCUUCCCCUUCAUUAGGUCGUGGAACUUCUUAUCCUUCUAUUCCACCUCCUGCUGAACGCCCUUUCACUGUUCACGGUACCUCAAAUACCCCACGUGGUACAUUCGCCGCAGGCCCAUACAAUUCCGCAAGUGCGCGGACAUCGUUCACUCAUGUCGAUGUUGACAGUGCUCCGACCUUUGGAGCGUACCCUCCCCUUCCGAAUUCAAAUUUGGGACAAGCUGCGCCAGACAUUGCAGUGAACAACGCUGAAGCAGUUGUACCACCUGCCGUAGACGGACCUACCGCACCAGAAAAUCUUGUACCUCAGACACCUCAAGUGUCCCUGACAUUCCUCCUCGUGUCUGGCCGAAGGCGGACUAUGUCGUUCGAUCCAGCAAUAACAAUUGGAAGGGUCAAAGAGCUGGUGUGGAACGCGUGGCCUGCAGAUUGGCAAGAUGAAAGUCCACAAGCCCCAUCACAUUUGCGAAUUCUUUACCUAGGCAAGAUUCUGCAAGAUGAGGACAAUCUUACCCGUGAGCAUACUAAUUCGUCUUCCCUACCCACGAUCGUUCAUCUUUCCAUUCGCCCCUCCAACAUCUCAACGGUUGAUGAUACUAUGAAGAAGAGACGCUUGAGCAAUGCAUUUUCCCGCAGGGGAGCAAUAAACAAUGACACGGAGAUCGCACGCGAAGGUGCCGAUAAUGCCGUGGGAUCGGGAUCUUGUUGUGGAUGCAUUAUCUGCUAA